AUGGCGGUUCGUCAGUCUGUUCCCUUACAAGGCAAACUUAGUCAACAGUUGAAAUCGAAUGGUGACGACGGGUCGAGUUACUCGGAAUCAAUUCCGACUCAGCAACAAGAGCAAGAAUUACUGAACAAUAUACAAGCAGAGAACUAUAAUGGCCUACAGCAGCAGCAGCAGCAGCAACAACAUAAUCAAGACACCAGUGAUGCGCAAGCCCAACUAAUCCUCAACGAACAACAGCAAAGAUUAGACCAUGCACAAACCACCAAUAGCAACCUACGCAAAAUAUCCCACCCUCCAGUACUACGGAUCGUCCCGCCACUCAAUUUCUGCCCCGUUGAAAAGCAAUUGUACCGAUCCGGCCAACCAUCAAUUAUAAACCAACUGUUUUUGAAUCAAUUGAAUUUGAAAACAAUACUAUGGUUAGCUUCAGAAGAGCCCAACGACGAUUUCCUCGACUACUGUCAAUCACAACAGAUAAAUAUCGAAUACGUGGGGAUGUUGAAUGAGUAUAUUGAUUUUGACCAACAGCAGCAAAUGCAGCCUAGUAUGAACCCAUGGGAUUCGUUAACUGAACCAACGAUAACUAGAGCAUUGGAGCUUAUUGUAGAUAAACUGAACUAUCCGAUGUUGGUGUGUUGUGGAAUGGGGAGACAUCGUACUGGUACUGUUGUUGGAUGUUUGAGGAGGUUGCAAGGGUGGAAUUUGGCGAGCGUGAGUGAGGAGUACCGGAGGUUUACUGGUGCUAGAGGUGGACGGAUUCUUGUGGAGUUGUUGAUUGAGGGGUUUGAUGUGCUGCUGGUUGAUAUUGAUCUGGAAAAGGCGCCUGAAUGGUUGAAGAUCAAGUAA